ACCGGGCCGUUGGGGAGGGGCUGGUGGGGGGAGGGAGACGGCGCAGUGACAGGACCGCCGAGGGUGCGUGCCACUGAGGCGACGAUGGCAGAGGGGCCGGAGGAAGCCCGAGGCCGCCCUCCCGGGCAGGACGACGGCGGAGGGGACCCCGAGCCCGUCCCUCCCCUGAGAGGCCCUCCUGCCACCGCCGCCGCCCCACGACCCCCGGACGGGCCGCAGGCCGAGCCCCAGGCCCCGGGCCGGCCCCCCGCCCCGGGCCUCGGGGCGGCCGCCGGCCUCACCGCCGCUGCUCCGGUCGCGGCCUUGGGACCCCGGGCGCCGCACGGGCAGGGAUCCGUCCGCGCAGCCCCGGUGACCAGGGUGGGAUCCGCCGCCCCUUCGCGAGCCCCGAGCGAGACCGGGCGGCCGGCAGGCAGAGAGUAUGUUAUUCCAUCCUUGGCCCACAGAUUUAUGGCAGAAAUGGUGGAUUUCUUUAUUCUGUUCUUUAUAAAAGCGACGAUUGUCUUAAGCAUUAUGCACCUCAGCGGAAUAAAGGAUAUCUCUAAAUUUGCUAUGCAUUAUAUAAUAGAAGAAAUAGAUGAAGACACAUCAAUGGAAGACUUGCAGAAAAUGAUGAUUGUGGCUCUUAUAUACAGAUUAUUAGUUUGUUUCUAUGAGAUAAUCUGCAUUUGGGGAGCAGGCGGAGCCACCCCCGGGAAGUUCCUGCUGGGGCUUCGGGUGGUGACGUGUGAUACAUCCGUGCUCAUCGCGCCGAGUCGGGUUCUGGUGAUUCCCUCCUCAAAUGUCAGCAUCACAACGUCCACUAUACGAGCUUUGAUCAAGAAUUUUUCUAUUGCUUCUUUUUUCCCUGCUUUCAUCACACUGCUGUUUUUUCAGCAUAAUCGAACAGCCUAUGACAUUGUAGCAGGAACCAUUGUGGUAAAGAGAAAUGGGGUCAGAUGAUGGCCCAAAAAAGCCCUGAAUUCCAUACUCUCUGGAAUAAUGACAAGACUAAAUUAUGUAUCAAGGCCAUCAGUAUCCUUGGGUUACACUAAUUGAUGAUUUAGAAAUUAAAGCAGUCACUCCAGUGUGAUGCAGGUGACUAUUCUGAAAGUAUUGAUUUUACUUGAAUGCCAAAGAACUUUUCCAGAAGAAAAAUGUUAAUUUUUAGAUUGAAAAGAAGGCAAGUGGUUUUAUAAUCAACAAUGGACAAUAUAUACUUUCUUGAGAUCUAAAGCAUUAGAAUUUGCUGAAAGCACUUUCAGUGUUGAAAUCUCCAGAUGAAACUUUAAAAAAAAUUUUGGUUUAUCCCAGAAUGA